AACAAACUCUUCCGCGACAAAUCGACCAAUCUAUCUUUAAAUCUACAUAUUUUUCUAUCUAUAGCUACUUCUAAUCACAUUUGAUUCGCGUAUCCGCAGUUUCGCGUCGGCUUUUCCCUCCGCCUUCGUCCGACCUAUCCUGACCUCCGACGAUUAAGAAGAACCAGUCGUGUGCGACUGGCACUGACGCGAGCUCCGGUCAUGAUGCAAUGAAAGGCCAGCAUGUUUACUUGAUAUAAUUUAAGGGAUAAUAUAUAUUGUCUUAGUGUUGAGGAGGGAAACGGAACGAGCGCCUUCCACUUCCUCACCAUCAAACGCGCGUUUGAUACUUUUUUUUUCGAGCGGACGCGAACGAGGCAAAAGCACUGACACUUACGUUCUACCUCUGGUUGCUGCUUGGAUACAGAUAAUUAAGGAAACGCCUUCGCAAUGGCGUCGUCUCGUCCCCACCCCGACCAGCGGCCCGUCCCAUGUCCAUCGAAUCCGAUCCUCCUCGCGUCGCAAUCGCAAUGGUUCUUCACAGACGAAGAGCUCACACGAACACCCUCCCAACUUGACGGAAUGAAAUUCGAGACGGAAAACCAAAGCCGCAGCAAAGGCGUAAACUUUAUCACCCAGGUCGGUAUGAUGUUAAGACUACCACAGCCCACUCUCGCAACAGCAGCAGUGUACAUGCACCGCUUCUUCAUGCGGCAUAGCAUGGUCGACACCCCGCGACACCCCGGGGCGCAUCCUUACAACAUCGCAGCUACGUCGUUAUUCCUCGCAAUGAAGGUUGAAGAAACAGUCCGGCGGAUGAAGGAGAUUAUAAUUUCAUGCUGCCGGGUCGCGCUCAAGCAACCAAACAUGAUCGUGGAUGAACAGUCCAAGGACUUUUGGAGAUGGCGCGACACGAUCCUUCACCACGAAGAUAUACUGUUAGAAGCACUGUGCUUCGACCUGCAACUAGAACAACCCUACCGCCAGCUUUACGACUUUAUGUGCUUCUUUGGCGUCCAGGACCACAAACACCUCCGCAAUGCCUCGUGGGCCUUCCUUAACGACUCCAUGUUCACGAUGCUCGCGAUACAGUUCAGCGCGCGGACUAUUGCAGCAGCAGCGCUAUAUGCUGCAGCCCGCCAUUGCGAUCUUGGGUUCAAGGAUGAUGGCGCUGGUCAGCCGUGGUGGGUGCAGUUGGAUGUUGAUUUGGGGGAGGUGCGGCGCGCUUGUAUGCGCAUGGCGCAGUUGUAUGAGAAUAAUGCCAUGCAGAGACAUAGCCAGUACUACCCGACCAUACCCGUUACGGCUUUCGAGGAGGGUACUGAGAAGACUAGGAUUUUGCGGCCGGACGCCAACCCUUUGAAUGAAGAGAGUAUGGGGAGGAAACGGUCAAGAGAACCUGAGUCAGACUCUCAAAUCGACCAGGGUCACAGUCCAGCUCCGAUGAACGGGGGACAGCCCCCUAAACGACAGCGAACGAUCGAGCCGGAGCCUGACACACAACAAUCAUCAUCUUUUACAGAACCAUCCUCUCAGUACCGAUCUACGAGUAUGAACACGAAUGGCCAUUUAGCACCACCCUCGCAAGACUACAAAGAUACCCAACCUCAACCCGAAGAAGGCGAAACAGACCCCGUCCAGCAACGAAUCGAUCACAUCGUGCAGCAGAACUUACCUUCGGAGCGUCGUCACUCAGAUGAUAGAUACCGACGGUACUCGGGAUCUCGAGAUCGAUCUCAAGACCGUUAUCGUGAUCAUGACCGAGAUCGAGGCCGCGAUCGCGAUCGCGAUAGGGACCGCGACAGGGACAGGCAGUAUCCGUACCGGGGUCAUUCACCACCACCUCCGCCUCCACCGCCGCCGCCGGAGGAGGAAAAGGAAGAGGGAGAAGCUGAGGGGAGUGAAGAGGGGGAGCUUUGAUUCAUUAAGAGCAUAUAUACUGGCAUAGCUUUUUUUAUUCUCUAUUUUUCUUAUAGAUAUUAGAUUGCCUUACUCUACCAUUUAUUGCUAGAAUAAUCUUCGCUCAUAAAUCUCGCUUUGUACGGCGUGAAUACAACUCGG